CUCUCGGAGACAGGACAGACAGUCGACACGCUCGAGCGGCAAAGACUGUUGUGCGCGUGAAGUGUCUCUGCUGAAGCUGGACGGUCACGCGGAGGAUAUUGCGGCUGUGUGUGCGUGUGUUUUUGGGGUAAAUACAGAUCAGACGUCGCGCUCCAAAAGCCUCUCUGCGGCGCGCAACAACAAGAGGAACACGGCUAGUGUCGGGACUGCGCUUGUUAGGUUUCCACGGCGAGCUCGCGGAGACUAAAUAAACGCGUCACUGACACUGGACGGCGUGAAAUGCGGUCAGUGUUGACUCCAGCGUGUCUUUCAGGAGGCAGAAUUGAUCUUGCGUGAAGCCAAACAGCAGCGUUGGUGCUGUGGAUAAACUGGCGCGACCGGCUGAGACGCGAAACAUUGUUGUCUCUUCACACUCCGCCGUUUUUCAAAUUCCAGAAGCGAAGACGAAGUCAGGCAACAUUUGACUGUGACGGCCGACACACGCUGACUUAUCGGACAGACUUUUCCAAAAGGCUCCACUGUGAAGAACAACGUGUUUAUGGAUUGCUGCGCAGCGAGGAACACCGGGAGUUGUAGGCUGCGCUCUGGUGCAUCGAUCAUGUUGAUACCUCGCUGUUGCUGUGAACUUUGAUAGAUGUUUACAGAGGACUCAGUAUAUAUUUCAUUUCAAUAAAUACGCUCAGAUAAACUCUGACUGACCUCUGGAGGAAGUGGGAAGCGCCUUUACGCCCUCCCUCGUGUGUGUUUUUUCUUCCAAGACGUCAGGACGGAUCUCUAUCACUCUCCUUCUGUGAUUUAAACAAAGACCAAAGUGUUUGGGGAUAGCAUGGCAAUGGUAGUAAACCAGUGGCCAGAAAGCAUUUCUGCAGAUCCCGGGUCGCAGCUCCAGAUAUGCGGCCAGGAGCCCGGCGGGGCACCGGGAACCCCCAACGGUUCCACCCCGGGGAACGACGCACUUUCCGGGGACAAGAUCCCCAACGUGGACUGCAUGGUGUGCGGGGACAAGUCCAGUGGGAAGCAUUACGGUCAGUUCACCUGCGAGGGAUGCAAAAGCUUCUUCAAGCGCUCGGUGAGGCGGAACCUGUCCUACACCUGCAGGGGGAACCGAGACUGCCCCAUCGACCAGCACCACCGGAACCAGUGUCAGUACUGCCGGCUGAAGAAGUGCCUCAAAGUCGGCAUGAGGAGAGAGGGUAAGGGGAUAGCUGUACAACGAGGACGUACAUCGAACUCCCAGAGCAGCCCGGGACAGUACCUGACCAACGGCACCGACCCGUACAACGGCCAGCCCUAUCUGUCCGGCUUCAUUUCUCUGCUGCUGCGCGCUGAGCCCUACCCCACAUCCCGCUACGGCGCCCAGUGCAUGCAGGGAAACAACCUGAUGGGCAUCGAGAACAUUUGCGAGCUGGCGGCGAGGCUGCUCUUCAGCGCUGUAGAGUGGGCCAAGAACAUCCCCUUCUUCCCUGAUCUGCAGCUCAUGGAUCAGGUGGCGCUGUUGCGUAUGUCAUGGAGCGAGCUCUUCGUCCUCAACGCCGCCCAGUGCUCCAUGCCGCUCCAUGUGGCCCCUCUGUUGGCAGCGGCAGGCCUGCACGCGUCGCCCAUGUCAGCAGAGCGUGUGGUGGCCUUCAUGGACCACAUCCGCGUCUUCCAGGAGCAGGUGGAGAAGCUGAAGGCCCUGCAGGUGGACACGGCUGAGUAUUCCUGCCUCAAGUCCAUCGUGCUCUUCACGUCCGAUGCUAUGGGGCUGUCAGACGUUGCCCACGUGGAGAGCAUUCAGGAGAAGUCCCAGUGCGCCCUGGAGGAGUAUGUAAGGAACCAAUACCCCAGCCAGCCCAAUCGCUUUGGACGUCUCCUCCUCCGCCUGCCCUCCCUGCGCAUCGUCUCCUCUCCGGUCAUCGAGCAGCUGUUCUUUGUUCGCCUGGUCGGGAAGACGCCCAUUGAGACACUGCUCCGCGACAUGCUGCUCUCAGGCUCCAGCUACAACUGGCCGUACAUGCCCGCUGUGCAGCGCGACCGGCCCAUCUCCCUCCACUACAACGAGAACGGGCCCUGAGGCGGAGAGACGGACGAAGGAGAAGCUGCAGAAAAGGCUGAACGUCCAUCUGACCACUCAUCCAUCCAUCCAUCCAUCCAUCCAUCCAUCCUUCCUUCCUUUCAUUCUCUGCAUUCUCAGCUCCCUCACCAUUCCGCUCAGAAAACCCCGACUGACGAUAUAAUCAGUUCCCAUCCAGGUUUAACAAGCCAGCCAAUCGUUCAGACAUGGCCACUGCAGAGACUUGGUGGGCCGCUGCAGUCCCUCAGCCGACGGUGCAGUCUACAUGUGAGACGUGGCACGAGAUGGACACGUUGGUAGAACAGGUUAUUGCGCAGUUCACCAGCAGGUCUGUUGGACUCACUUCAGAUGUCAGUCUCAAACCCCCAUGGAAACAGGGGCAGCAAAAGACAAAACAUUCUGCGUUACUGUUGGUGCUACACCUACAUUCACAGAGGCUGUGUAAAAGCAUCACAGUAAUACUGAGCAAGGGCUUUGCCUAUGGAACUCUACAACCAAGAGCACAAGGCCCGUUGUACAUUUACCAAUUUUUGAAAAGAAAGCCAGAAGCCAUUAAAAAAAAAAGAGAGAAAAAGACAAAUGCCAAAAUGUCUUGGACUUUUGCAGAGGACAUGUUUUAAUGUGUGUGUUUGUAUUAGCACUGUUUAUAUGGAGAGAAAAACUCAUGAUUGUGUCCAUAUGUACAGUAUAUCGUUGAUUCAUAGGCAUCUAUAGCAUAUUACUGGGAAAAAGCUCAGGUUCAAAGGGUGGGUAGAAAGACAGACAUGCCAAUAUCAGUACAAGAGCAAAAAGACAAACCCAGUAAAAUUUACACUUAUCAGCAGCCUGUGCCAAAGCUGAAAAAAAAUGCAUAUUUGUUUGGAUAUUUUUGUGGUAAUGUUGGUGAUUUAAAAAAAAAAAUUAAAAAAAGUAAUGUUUGGUUUGUCUAUAAUUUGACUAUGUUUUGGGUCUCAGGGGGAGAGAAGGAGUUUGUAAAGAAAAAAAUACAAAUAAAAGCGUAGGCACUUGCAUCGUAAACUUGUCAAAACCUACACUUACUCCUGUAAAAUCACAGCACUGGUAGAUUCUUGCUACCCUUAUGCCAUUUGAUUGACUUACAUUUAUACUUUUUCAAAAGGCCUGUUAACGCUCAUAACAUGUCGUUAUCACAGGAGUGACACAACUCAUCUGUGUUCUUGUUUUAUUGUCAUGAUUGUCAACAUUGGACCUUUUGGACUGGGGGGGAGCAUUUUACAAAACUAGCUGUACUUGCCUUAGAACAAAGAUUUUGUCACUGAGCAUUUAUCUUAUGACUGUGCCAUAAUCUCUCGUUACCUGUUAUAACAGGUAUUAUGUCCUGUCAGGAGAGGAAAUGAACUCACAUGAUGUAAAAAUUAGUAAUGUGUGCGUAAAGUGAUGCAAAAUACAAAGAUUUUAAUGCAUCAAUAGAAAGAACAGACAUUUCUGCUUUAACAUCACCAGCACUUCCAUUUUUUAAACCUCAUGCGAGCUCUUUUCCUCUUCCUGAUGAUAUUGUCAUGUAGGGAAAACCCCCUCGACUCAUGUCAUUUGAGCUUAUUGUAUACCGAUACCGUAGAGAACAGUAUCACUAACCUCUGAAAACCUCAGUCUAUGUUACAAUAUUAUCCCAGUUGGACUUAUGACUGUGACUUAGCGUAGGACUAUUUUAAGUUGUUUUUUUUCCUUCCCCUCGGUGGAAGCGAGUUUGUUUCGACAACCUGUCUCACAUUUCCAACAUGGCACUGUGGUAUUAACAUUGGCAUUGGAAAAGCCAUCUGGGACCUUAGAAAGCAGUCUGUUGAUACGUGAAUUCACAGAAAGUUCCUAUGAGUUUGUUUUUAUCCCCUCUACUUUUGUUUGGAAAUAUGGAUUAUCCAUUAAUUGAAAUAAAAUUCUGUUGUUCACAGUAA